GUCGAAGGAAACCGGUGGUCCUCCUGCUGUGCCGUGCCGUAUCCCAUUCGGUGCGACUUGACUUAGUUCUGUAUCGGCGCAUCGAGUGCUCUUAUCCGGGGUUAGUGAGAGAGAUUUUUACGAGGGUGUGCGGGUUUUCAGAUCGCGAUCGAGGAAGAUGGCUGAGGAGCAGCCGAGGUACAAAUUGAUCUACUUUAAUGCACGGGGUCGUGCCGAGCAUAUUCGCUACAUAUUCGCUUAUGCGGGCAUCGAUUAUAUCGACGAGAGAAUCACCAACGAUUGCUGGCCUGAGCUUAAAAAAUCGAUGCCUUACGGGAUGCUGCCAGUUCUGGAAAUCAACGGCAAGCCGAUAGCGCAAAGUAACGCCGUGGCACGUUACCUGGCCCGUGAGCACAAUCUUACAGGCAGAGACGAAUGGGAAUCAAUGCUCUGCGACGUGCUCGUCGAUACUCUUGGAGAUCUAAAACAAUUCAUUUUUCAAUAUCGUACGGAGGAGGAUCUCUUUAAGAAGGAAGAGAAGAAAGCAAAACUCUUGAAGGAAACAAUACCAUUUUACCUGAAUAAAUUCGAACAAACGGUCGCCGAGAACAGUGGUUACGCGGUCGGCUCUACGACUACGUGGGCGGACUUUGUGUUCACGGUGGCGUUGGAAAACUUUGAGAACAUUUUCGGUGCAACCGCUUUAGAGAAUUAUCCGGCAUUACGCGGCUUGAAGAAACGAGUGCACGAAAUAUCUGCAAUCGCCGAUUGGCUGGCCAGACGACCUCAUUCCGAGUUCUAAAAUGUCGUUUCCACGACGGAAAUCGAAAGGUGACAUCAACAUCAUAAACAAGUAUACAUAUCUACGUACAAAUAUCUACGCAUGUAUGUAACUCUUGUUGUUCCUGUAUCAACGACAAAUCUAGAUGUAAGAUAUCGAUAUUAAUCGUAUCAUUCUGAUGAUAUUAUCGUAUCAUUCUAAACGACAUCUUUAUUAGAAUUAUUCUUUUCGAAUAUAUAUAUAUAUUUUAUUUUAUUUUGCUUUCUGUAUCUGAAAUAUUGCUCUGAAUUUUCCCCGCUAGAUUUCGAACAAUGAAAAUUUGAAUUUCGAAUCUUAAAUUGUACAAAUCUUUCGCAAUAUCAAUUCAUUUUUCCUCGUAUAUUAAAUUUAAAAAUGUAAUAUUAUACAUGCCUAGAUAGAAAAAAGAAUGUUAUCUAUAUUGUGUAUUUUUCAAAUCAAAAUUGCACAAUUUCUCUCACUAUUUAAAGAAAAUCACAGACUUUUAUAUUAUACGUAGACUGCUAACAGCGAUGUGACAGACAGCCAUUUAUUGAGCAAAAUAGAAUUAGGCUGUCAAUCAAUACUUACUUUUGAAGGGAAAGCUGCAAUAUUUAAUAUAACUUUUAUAUUAAAUAUAUACAAAACUUUUAUAUUAAUAUUGCAGCUUUCUCUUCAAAAAUAAGUAUCGAUUGACAGUCUGAUUAUAUUCUACCCAAUUGUAAAU